GAGUGCGUGCUGCGGCCUAUGGGUCUGGCAUGGCCAGGUCUUGCGCCCGAACAUGUUGCAGGAGUGCCUCAGGGACUGCCUGUGCCGUCUUUCGGAAAGAAGCGGAAGGCGUCCGAGCGCGGCCGGCUGUUCGCCAUUGGAGAGGAUGCAGCGCUGGCAGCCUUGCGUUCGGCUGGUCAAGCACUUGCUGCAGAGGUGGACGAUGUUGUGGGUCUACUGCAGUACUGGACCACAGAUGCCGGGAGGUUCUUCCCAGUUGCCGAAAAGGUGGUGAAAUCUCUACCAUCAAAGGUCACUUUGGAGGUUGUGGUGGCAACUGAAGAUGAGAACGAAGCCAAGGUCAAACUUUUGCAGCAGGAACUCUCUUCUAAGGUUGUGCUUGAACGGCUUUCGCUAGAGGAUGCGGCUGUGGUGGGCAAGGGCGUGUUCAGACCACCGUGUGGCACUUGUGGUACAAGUACCAGUACCAACCGUCUUGGAACCGUUGUGUUCCAGCUGGCCUUUGCAACUGCAACUACCCAAAGGCGCAUCCCUGGCUUUGCGUGCACGUCCAGCAGUACUCUUACAGCGGCGUCGGGCGCCACAAGGAACACCCUGCAUCCAGAUUCUGUCAGAGGUGCCUCCGGGUCGAUUGAGUGGCGAGCUCCUUUUUGGAGCACCGUUGUUGCUGGAAGCAGAGCACCAGGAUGCUGA